AUGGCGUGGAGUGACGAUAUGCUGAAUCUGGACGAUCAUUUGAACUUCGAAGAUAUGCUUGAAGAUAGCACUGUCACUUCACCUAAAAACACCUCUUCAGCAUCAGACUUCACCUGCUCUUCAGCGCAGACAACAGAACAUGCCCAAUCUCCAAGCUUUAGGCUAGGCGUCUCCAAUGAUCUACUUCCCUUUAUUCCGGAUCACAGGACGGACCAUGCAGGCCAGCAAAAUCAUCAAGACAGUAUAUCUAUACCAUCGCCUACAGGAAUAACAUCAGAUGCACAGGGACUCAUUCUCACUCCAACGUCACAGGUAGACCCGACAUACUCUCGAAUGGCACCAGCUCGGCGAAGAACCAUACCGGAAACACCCCAGCAGAACUUUUCCAAACUAGACAGUCGAUGCGUUCUUGCGUGCACACAGAUUCUAGUCACACUUGAAAACUAUCUUUUCUCUGAGCUUCGAGCACUCGAUCUGAUCCUAGCCACCGUCAGCAAAGCCGUAGACGACCUCAAGAAACUAGUCGAGCUACAACAACAGUCGCGGUGCGACAGAUGCAUCAUUUUAUUCACGACCGUCAUGCUCCAAGUAAUCGCGCUCCUCGAGGCGGGCUCUAAUAGCGCCACCGACCACGAACUAGACGCGGUCGAUGACAUUAUAUACGGUACGCAGCCACGGCCCGGACCGUCCCUUCACUUUGGCGCAUUCCUCCCCACUUCAGAGGAGCAGCGAUCGUGGCGCUCGCGCAUCAUAACACGAGAAUAUCGACAUGUCGGCGAGAUCUUGUCCGGCGUCAUGGUGCUCGCUCGCUUGGGCCCCAGGGGCUCUUCUACUGAUCCGACCGCCGUCGACUCGCGACUGAAGUGCCUGGGCAAUAUCGAGCAGCGCCUUAAGGAGAUGGCGGCCAAGGAAGGAAGCGGGGAGAUUCGAAAUGCUUGA